UGAAAGGCUGCGCAUUGAAGGGUCGCUCCAGAACUGAACUUCACCUAACUCUGCAGCUACGUACAGUAAAAUGAUAAGAAAAGGGAAUUCCUCGGAGGACUCCGUUUUUUAUUCUGAAAAGCAGAGCAGCUUCCGAAAGUCAAGUAACGACACCCCAGUCAGUCCUACGGAGAGUUCUGGAUCAGUAUUCAUAAGUUCAGAUGGAGAAAAUGGAACAGAUGAAAAAAGAAAAGCAGGAAAAUCACCUCCUGUGUUGCUGCACACCACUAGUGCUGAAAUGGAAUAUUUUGAUUACCGGAAAAAAGUUGAUGUUGCUAGGACAAAGAGCAGCACAGAUAGUCCACUCCCAGCAAUGGAUAUCAAGAGUGACUCCAAGCUUGAAAGGAAACCCUCCCUCAAACGUCCCUCAAAUCAGCUGAAGGCAAAUGCACACUUUCAUAAGCUGUUUGUAGAUGUUCCCAUUGAUGAACCACUGAAACAAAGCUUUACCUGUGCUCUGCAGAAAGAAAUUCUGUACCAAGGAAAGUUAUUCCUUUCUGAAAACUGGAUUUGCUUCCACUCCAAGGUUUUUGGUAAAGACACGAAGAUUAGUAUACCUGUGCUCUCGGUGACACUUUUGAAGAAAACCAAAACUGCCCUUCUUGUGCCAAAUGCUCUGAUCAUAGCAACAGUCACAGACAGGUACAUGUUUGUCUCCUUACUCUCCAGAGAUACCACCUACAAGCUGUUAAAAUCUAUCUGUAGACAUCUUGAGGAUACAAGCAUGGGCAACAGUCCAAAUCCCUCUUCUGCGGAAAACAGCUUCAGAGCCGAUCGUCCUACAGCUCUGCCUCUGGAUUUCAAUGAGGACUAUUCUGAUUUGGAUGGAAUAGUGCAGCAGCGGAGACAAGAGAUGGAAGAGUCCAGCAGCACAGGCUCACAGACCCCAGAGCUGGAAUGCUUCCAAGAUUACCAUGUCGUUGAGACACAGACUCACUUGAAAGUUUCCAAGGCUGAGGCAAAGUCUGUCCGCUCAGAUGCACACAGUAAACGUGCACCUGAUGGAAAAACCCGGAACAGUCUUCGAAAUGGCCAUUCUGAAGCCUUCAGGUUCUUCCAUAAAGUGAAGUCCCAGAAGCUUUUAUCUCUGAACCAUGUACUUAUAUUUUACGCGUUUCUUGUUUGUGUAUUAAUAUUUUCUACCUUCUACAUGAGAUACAAGAUCAAUGUCCUGGAGGAACGCCUUAUUUCCAUCACAUCCUUUGAGUCACAUAUUAAGGAACAUCCUAUGCGCCAAGGUUUGGGAUCUCAUCUCCAAAUUAACACUGAUGCCCUUUGUGAUGAGUUAACUGCUAACCUUAUAAAAUUGGAAAAGAUACAGAACAACUUACAAAAACUACUUGAAGAUGGUGAAUGAAACACGGAUGUUCUUGGACUGCUUCAGACCUCAUUCUUCUCUCUUGACAAACAGUUCCAAAGGAGCUCUGCUGGCCAGAGUUCAAGCUUCUUUGAUUUCAGUCCAAGCCAAGUUUAAACUACUGUAAAGCUCAUGUCAUAAUGCCGAAAGUCAGUUUAUUCUUGAGCAUGUAUCUAUAUGUUUUUGUCUACAUGUAUCUAUAUGUUUUGAAAAUAAGGGGAUUUUUCUUUCUCUAUUUUGUGUGAAAUAAUGGAUUUGAUAGCUUGCUUGAUUCUAAACUUGCUUACACCAGUGCAAACCUAGUGCAUCUCCUUUUACCUCAGCAUUUGCUUUCUGCUUAUUGUCAUAGAGGUGUAAAUGGGAAGAAUUUCAGUCACAACUAUUGCUGAAGUGCUGUGUGAAUGAGCUGGUAUCUGUCUCAGCUAUGGUUAUGAAUCAGUGCUGUGCUCUUCGUUUUUAUUUCUUUGUGCCCUGGCAUCCCAAAGAUCAGAAAAAAGACACCUCUGGCCUUCCUUAUGUGAAUUUCUGAAUUUUCAAGGUGUGCUUGGUUCUCAGGUGCUGUAAAAGGGCUCAAUUCCACUUUCUGUGGCAUUGCAUCACCACUGAGGGCAAGGUCUGUUUCUACUGGACAUUCAGCUUCCAUUGAAGUCAGGCUUGAAAUAUGUAUGGACUUCCCAACUUACAAUCAAGUUGCUUAUGAAUAGCAGCAUGGGUGUGACAUAUCUGCACAACUUUAAAAAACUGCUACGCUUUUUGUCCACUCAAUGGUCUGUCCAUUAAGUUAAUCAGUGUAAAGACCCUCAGUCAUCCCUCCUUGGCGUUGCGUGAGGUUUUGGUUGGCUGAGCAAGUGCAAUUUGUGCUCCACUUGAUAGAAAUCUGUUCUUGGUAUGAGACUCCAGGGGCCGGAUCUUUCCACAUACCAGGAACUGGUGAAUUAAUGAUGCAGCAAUACAAUCAGUAGAGUGAAUGAAAAAGUGGACACCUGCUUUGGUAUAUCAUCCUGUUUUGGUUGUUUUUUUUUUUUUUCACAGUGCCUAAGACAGGAUAACUGGGGAUUUUUAGCUUUCUGAUUCACCAAGCAGGCUGGUUAGUUUUUAAAAUGCAAUAUUUAGGAUAAUAACAACUAGUAUCUGUAAAGUAACAGUAUUGUUUAUAAUAUGCUAUGCAUUUUGUAACCAUUUCUGUGAAAUGUACCGACUUUGUUUAAAUAAACUUUUUUGAAACAA